AUGGGUGCUCUAUUAUCACUACCGUUACUUGCGGUCCCCAGCAUAGGCAGUUUGAUCACCUUCGGCGCGUCUUGUUGCGGAGCUGCGACAUGCUCGGCAGUAUGCUCAGCUUGCGGGAAAUGUAACAACAGUGUCGCCACGAGAAUCGCAUACGCCUUGAUCCUCCUCGUCAAUUCGGUCUUCUCAUGGAUCAUGCUCACGGACUGGGCGGUUAAAAAGUUGCAGGGUAUACUCUUGGACUACGUCUCGAUCGACUGUGCCGGAAACGCCUGCUUCGGAUUCGCUGCGGUGCAUCGGAUCAACUUCUCUCUCGGCCUUUUCCAUUUCUUCCUCGCAUUCUUGCUCAUUGGAGUCAACUCUUCGAAGGAUAAUCGCGCACAAUUUCAGAACGGAUUCUGGGGACCGAAGAUCGUCGUUUGGCUAGGUCUCAUUGUCCUAAGCUUCCUCAUCCCGAACACUUUCUUUGAGGUCUGGGGCAACUAUGUCGCGCUCACCGGCGCAAUCCUGUUCCUGCUCCUCGGGUUGAUCCUCCUUGUGGACCUGGCACACACAUUUGCUGAAUUCUGCAUUGAGAAGAUCGAGGACACCGACUCUGGCCUAUGGCGAGGAAUUUUGAUUGGCUCAACAUUGGGCAUGUAUCUCGGCAGCUUCGCGAUGACCAUCGUGAUGUACAUCUUCUUUGCGCACAGCGGAUGCUCGAUGAACCAGGCCGCUAUCACAGUCAACCUUAUCCUCUUGAUUGGGAUCAGCGCCAUGUCGAUUCAUCCAGCCAUCCAGGCUUCCAACCCGCGUGCUGGCUUGGCACAAGCUGCCACAGUCGCGGUAUACUGUACAUAUCUCACCUUUAGCGCUGUCGCCAUGGAGCCUGAUGACAAGAUGUGCAACCCGCUCGUUCGCGCCACCGGCACACGUACAGCUAGCAUCAUCAUCGGAGCCAUCGUCACAUUUGUAACUUGCGCAUAUACGACGACGCGUGCUGCGACCAACGGACUCGCCCUCGGAACGGGCAAACCGAGUGGAUACAAUGCGCUCAGCACUGAGGAAUAUGGCCACGACAUGGUCAACACGCAGCCCGAGAGUCGACGAGAGAUGCGACAGGAAGCUCUUCGUCGGGCUGUAGAGUCUGGUGCACUUCCGGCAUCUGCGCUGAACGAUAGCGACGACGACGAUGAUGACGAGGAUGACCCAAGAUCGGGCAAGCAUAAAAACGACGACGAGAAGCAGAGAACGCAGUACAAUUAUACCUUGUUCCACAUUAUCUUUAUGCUUGCGACAGCAUGGGUGGCGACGCUGCUGACUCAAAACAUUGGCAGCGACAAGAAGAUGGACGAAUUAGAUGGUUUCGUGCCCGUGGGAAGGACGUACUUUGCAAGCUGGGUGAAGAUUACAUCGGCUUGGGUGUGCUACGGUAUCUUCGGUUGGACGCUGGGAGCACCGCUACUCAUGCCUGAUCGAUUCGACUACUCGUGA